AUGUCUUUUCGUGGAAGAGGAGGUGGAGGAGGAAGAGGAGGUGGCUUCAAUCGUGGAGGAGGUGGCGGUGACAGAGGUGGCUUUAAUCGUGGUGGACGAGGUGGCUUUGGACGGGGAGGUGGACGAGGAGGCUUCAACAGAGGCGGAUAUGACCAGGGGCCUCCAGAAAGGGUAGUUUUGUUGGGAGAGUUCUUGCACCCAUGUGAAGAUGACAUUGUUUGUAAAUGUAAAACAGAAGAAAACAAGGUGCCUUAUUUCAAUGCCCCAGUGUACUUGGAUAACAAGGAACAGAUCGGCAAAGUGGAUGAGAUCUUUGGGCAGCUGAGAGAUUUUUAUUUUUCAGUGAAACUGUCUGACAACAUGAAAGCCUCUUCAUUUAAAAAGAUGCAAAAGUUCUACAUCGAUCCAGCAAAACUGCUGCCACUUCAGAGGUUUUUGCCAAGGCCACCUGGAGAAAAAGGUGCUCCCCGAGGAGGUGGUAGAGGAGGACGUGGUGGUGGACGUGGAGGAGGAAGAGGGGGUGGGAGAGGAGGUGGCUUCAGAGGAGGAAGAGGAGGAGGAGGCUUCAGAGGAGGCAGAGGUGGUGGAGGAGGCUUUCGGGGAAGAGGACAUUGAACACAGAGCUGCCAGUAUCUCCCA